AUGAAUAGCACUAAAUUGUGUGUCAUAUUUUUUACGCUUAGCAUGGCUUUUUUAGCAUCAAACUCGCGUCUUCUUGAAGCUUCAAAAGACUAUGAUGAACCAAAAAUUGAGGCUUACAAGAAGUCGGAAGAGAUUAAUGGACACGAAAAUGUUAAUAAUGCACACGAGGUUUUAGCAGCAACAAAUGCUAACGUGUUCGCAGACAGUAAGGUGUCGGGGAGCAGAAAUGUAUACGAAAAUGCUAACGCACACGAGGUUUCAGGUAGCAAUGCUAACGUGUUCGGAGAGAUUAAGGAUUCGGGGCCCAGCACGAAGGGCCCCGGUCACUGA